CCAAAACACAGCGCUUCCCUCUGUGUCCACAUAGACAUGCAUUAAACCAGCCUCUCAGUACUACAGUCAUAGAACUAGAAAUCUAUGGCUAGAGUAGUGUCACUCAUUACCGCUAUGGAAACCCGCUAAGUCACCAGUGAUGAGAAAGUGAUAGCGGGGGAGACAGUCCUCAUGGUUAGGGGGUUCUGUGGGAGGAAACACGUCUGUGAUGCUCUCUGAGUGUAGGAAAAGUAUUUGCAUACGGGUGUGUUGUGUCUCUGCCUAUGAGGUUGGUGGGCUUAAAAAGAGCUACAGUUCUGGCGAGCGUGACACAUCUGACUGCAGACCCAGUGAUACAGGCAGAAUGAAGGCCCUCCUCGCUCUCCUGCUUCUCUUCACCACCGCUCUACUGAUGUCCACCACUUCUGCUCAAGCCGGUGGAUCAGUAAUCUCCUGCUGUUUGGAGAUUAAAGGCACUAUAGUGCGCCGCAACCUGAUCGAUUCCUACUACCUACAGGACACAGCCAUGUGUAACAUAAAGGCAGUGAUGUUUGUCACAGUGAAAGGCCUACGAAUCUGCUCUGACACUUCCAACCCCUGGGCACAGAAAACCAUGCAGUACCUGAACGAGAAGAACAAGUCUCACACACUGCAAAAACAUCACAUCACCUCAACUACUACUUCUACUACAACCACCACUAUCGCACAACCAGCCAACAACAACUCUCACAAAACAACAUUUUCAGCUCGCCACCCCAAAAUUGCUUCUCAAUGGUCAACAACUCACCACAAGACGUAGAAGGACAGAAUUUUCCGGUUCCUAGUACAGCCGACUAUUGACUUUGAAUGUUUGAAUAUUUUCAAUAUGCAGCUAUUAUAACGUUUAUGUCACUUUAAUUAAUAUCUUUAUAUAUUUAUGAAUGAUUCAAUCGAAUUUACUUCCACAGUGAAUUUGAUGAUUGUGAUUGUGUGUUAACUUGCUGGCUAUUUGCCAGUAUGCCUAAACAAUGUAUAAUGUUUCUUAAUAAAACACUAGUUUUAAA